AUGAAGAUAGAGAAGACGAAAGAUGAAUAUGAAGAUAGAGACCAAACCCAAACUGGCGACUUGGGGUGGAUUGGGAGUUUAACCAAAUUGAGCAAGCUGCUCGUCUGCUUUACAAAUGUUCGCGCGCCAACUACAGAGUUGGGUUCCCUUUCUCUGCUGAAAGAACUUACUCUACAGGGACAAGACUUGCCAACUUUCAAACACCUCCCGUCAAAUUUGAUAGUUUUAAAGCUCUACGAAACUGGAGGGAAACAAGUACACCUCGAUGGGCUUCCUCCAUCGGAAAAGGAGACUCCAUUCCUUCCAACAAGUUUGGGAAAAUCGAAAGAAAACAAGGUGUCCGAGCAACUUGAUGUUCAAUCUCUCGAUGUCUUAGAAUCGUCAGAAAGAUCACGUAUUCAGGACCGCAGAUCUUCCGAGAGUUUGGUUUGUCAGCCGGAGGAGCCGGGGUGCAAUGGACUACAAGCUCCCGAGUUGAUUGAUCAUUGGAGGGGAGUGAUACUUUUCCCAAGCUCCCAAAAGACGCUUGUACAAUUUAUUUUGUCAGGGUUCCACGAGGUACAGGAUAUUCAAUUUGUUACUCCGUUCGAAUCAUUGGAAGAAAUGUAUGUAAAAAAGUGCUUUUCGUUAAAAAGCUUAGGCGGUUUGUCAAACUCGAAGAACUUGAAGUGGUUAAAGAUUCACCGGUGCCCGAGCCUGCAGGUUGUCGAGGGCAUUGAUGAAUUAGAGUUCUUGCAGUGGUUGAAUAUUGAUAACUGCAAAUCAGUGGGAAGGAUUCUUGAUCCAUCAAGCUCAAAAAUACCAGAUAAUUGCAGGAUACUCAUAAUAGGUAGCAGGGAGUUACCCGACUGUCGUACUAACGGUGGUUGCUAUAGUUACAACUGGAAGUCUUACAGAAAGAAGAUUCUGAAUGGAGCAGAGCAAGCGUGGAACUCUGAAACUGAAACAGUGGACUCUGAAACAGAAACAGGGGAUUCUCUGCAGAAAACGAAUCAGGAAAAUAAAGAGAAGGAAAAGGAAGAGAAGACAGAGUAGGCAAAACAACAAGGAAGAAGAAAGAGGAGAGAACUUCAAAAAAAAAAA